AUGGCUGCUGAGAAACAAGUUCCCGGUGGCGGCGGCGGCAGCAGCGGGGGCAGCAGUGGCGGUAGCGGCGGUGGAUGCUGUGGCGGAGGAGAGGAAAAUAAGAAAAACGAACUGCCUUCAGCUGGAUCGAAGGCAAACAAAGAAUUCGGGGAUAGCCUGAGUUUGGAGAUUCUUCAGAUUAUUAAGGAAUCCCAGCAGCAGCAUGGUUUACGGCAUGGAGAUUUUCAGAGGUAUAGGGGCUACUGUUCCCGUAGACAAAUACAUCUUCGGAAAACACUCAACUUCACGAUGGGGAACAGACAUAAAUUUACAGGGAAAAAAAUAACUGAAGAUCUUCUGACUGAUAACAGGUAUUUGCUUCUGGUUCUGAUGGAUGCUGAACGAGCCUGGAGCUAUGCCAUGCAGCUGAAACAGGACGCCAACACUGAACCCCGAAAACGGUUCCACUUGUCUCGCCCGCACGAAGCUGUGAAACAUGCAGAGGAAUUGGAACGCUUGUGUGAGAGCAAUCCCGUGGAUGCCAAGACCAAGUUAGAGGCUCAGGCUUACAUGGCUUACCUCUCAGGAAUACUGCGUUUUGAACAUCAAGAAUGGAAAGCUGCGAUUGAGGCUUUUAAUAAAUGCAAAACUAUCUACGAGAAACUGGCCAGCGCCUUCACGGAGGAGCAGGCUGUGCUGUACAACCAGCGUGUGGAAGAGAUCUCACCCACCAUCCGCUACUGUGCAUAUAACAUUAGGGACCAGUCCGCUAUCAGUGAGCUCAUGCAGAUGAGAUUGAGGUCCAGGGGCACUGAGGGUCUUCUGGCUAAAAAAUCGGAGGCAUUGAUUACUCAGACUCGGCCCAAACAGGCAGCCACCAUGAGUGAAGUGGAAUGGAGAGGGAGAACCGUUCCAGUGAAGAUCGACAAAGUGAGGAUCUUUUUACUGGGAUUGGCUGAUAACGAAACAGCCAUUGCCCAGGCUGAAAGUGAAGAAACCGAGGAGCGUCUGUUUGAAUCCAUGCUCAGUGAGUGUCGGGACGCCAUCCAGGCCGUUCGGGAAGAGCUCAAGCCCGAUCAGAAACAGAGAGAUUAUACCCUUGAAGGGGAGUCGGGGAAGGUAUCUAAGCUUCAAUACCUGCACAGCUAUCUGAUUUAGUUGUCGACGGCCGUCAGGCAGAACGAGAACAUGGCCAAGGGGCUGCAGAAGGCACUACAGCAGCAGCCAGAAGAUGACAGCAAGCGCUCCCCGCAGCCCCAGGACCUCGUCCGGCUCUAUGACAUCAUUCUGCAGAAUCUGGUGGAAUUGCUCCAGCUUCCUGGGUUAGAGGAGGACCGAGCCUUCCAGAAAGAGAUAGGCCUCAAGACACUGGUGUUUAAGGCUUAUAGGUGUUUUUUAAUUGCUCAGUCCUAUGUGUUGGUGAAGAAGUAGAGCGAAGCCCUUGUCCUGUAUGACCGAGGCCUGAAGUACCCCAACGAAGUAAAUUCUGAUGCUGGGGCCUUCAGGAACAGCUUAAAGGACCUGCCCGACGUGCAAGAGCUCAUCACGCAAGUGAGGUCAGAAAAAUGUUCUCUGCAGGCACCAGCCAUCCUUGAUGCAAGUGACUCCCACCAAACGGAGACUUCCUCCCAAGUCAAGGACAACAAACCUCUGGUUGAACGGUUUGAGACAUUCUGCCUGGACCCUUCCCUCGUCACCAAGCAAGCCAACCUGGUGCAUUUCCCGCCGGGAUUUCAGCCCAUCCCUUGCAAGACUUUGUUCUUUGACCUGGCCCUCAACCAUGUGGCUUUCCCACCUCUUGAGGACAAGUUGGAGCAGAAGACCAAGAGUGGCCUCACUGGAUACAUCAAGGACAUAUUUGGAUUCAGGAGCUAA